AUGUCGUAUAGCAAACGAAGCCGAGAAGAGAACGAUUUAGACUCAAGAGCACAUCAUGUGAAGAAAACUCGAGAAGCCUUCCAUCCAAAACGUCUGGAUGGUGUCCUAAACAAUACUCAAUAUGAUAGCCAAAAGAAAAGCGGCAAAGGGCUUGAUGUUGAUAUUCACCCGUUAUUGCGUGCACUGACUCUAUCAGCUCCAACUAUUCAAACCGAUCAACUGGAAUUCAAGAGAAAGAAAUGGUUCGAUCCAGGCGCAUAUAACCCCUACAUCAACCAUACAAAAACCAUCUCAACACAUAGACCUAAACCAUUAAAGUUUAACCAACAAGGCAAGUAUGUACAGCAGGGACAAAAGCUUCGGGAGAGGUUGAAAGAGGAAGAGGAGGAGAGAAAAAGGCACCAGGAAUUGGAAAGCAGAGGUUUAAUUCCAGACGUUAGCUUAAAUGAGGAACUGUACCAACCAUCGUAUCCACCAUUGAUGGAAUGGUGGGACAGACCAUACUUACGAGAUAACAAUUAUUCAAAAAUUGAUGAUAUAAGUCGGAGGAUACUAGAUAAUGAAAAUAUGCCUGUUACUUCAUACAUUCAACAUCCAGUAUUAAUUCAGCCCAUCUGGGUUGGUACUAAACAAUCUGAUAUCACGCCAAUGUUUUUGACGAAACAGGAACGGAAGCGUAUGAGAAAGAAUGACCGACAAAUACGACACAAGGAAAUGCAAGAUAGAAUAAAACUUGGAUUGGAUCCACCACCAGAACCAAAAGUGAAGCUUUCCAAUUUGAUGAAUGUGUUGACUAAUGAGGCGAUACGAGAUCCAACUGCUGUUGAAAAUCGAGUAAAGCAACAAGUUGAAGAGAGACUUCGAAAGCAUCUUGCUGAUAAUGAAGCACGAAAGUUGACAAAAGAAGAAAAACAUGCCAAGAUAUACGCUAAACAAGAACAAGAUUUAGCUAAGGGGAUCCAUACCACGGUUUAUAAAGUGAACAGUUUGGACAAUCCACAACAUCUGUUCAAGGUGGAUAUUAAUGCCAAGCAGGAUAACUUAUUUGGAAUUUGCUUGAAAAACCCAAAUUUCAAUUUGAUCAUUGUUGAAGGAGGAGAAAAAUCCAUCAAUCAUUAUAAGAAGUUAUUGAUGAAUAGGAUCAAGUGGAAUGAGGUGGCCGCACUGGGUAAGAGCGGAAAUGAUCCAUCGGGGAUAAGUUCGGAAGUAAAUUCUCGCAGUACUUUUAAUGAACACGGAAAUGACAACGAGUGCUCAAUCAUUUGGGAAGGAAAGCUUCCAAAGCUCAACUUUCAAAAAUGGAGCUUCAUGUAUUCUCGAAACGAUGAAGAAGCAAUCAAUGUACUCAAAAAAUUUGGGUUAGAAAAUUAUUGGAGGUUGGCUAAAAGUAAGUAA